AGCGUUCACUUGAAUAACGCGUUGAAAGUGAAAGAUAUUCAACAAAAAGGUUGGGAAUCAGUGGUAAAGAUCACAGAAAACACGACAAGUGGUCACACAUUAGGCGCCGGACUUAUUGUCGACGACAAGGGAUACGUAUUGACCAGCGCUCAGGUGGUGUGCGAUCUGACACACGUUGGCGUGACUUUUGCCAAACCGUACAUUAGAUCCCAAUUGUUGUCCAGAGAUAUGACCGCCGAUGAGAUACAAACCAUUUACGGACGGGUCGUAUACGUGGAUUCGGGCGUCGAGUUGGCACUCAUCAGGCUAUUUACGGUCAAACCGGGAGUCUUAAGACCACUACCGCUGACCGACACCAACACUGACCCCAAAUGUGGUCAAACAGUGGUUGCGUUCGGCUGUUCAACACUCGACCAAAGUUUCAUCACUGGAGUGAUAGCAUCGGUAGAUCGGGUCGAGAGCCACACAUUAGAUAUGCAACUUAUUUUCCCUGUUAGAGGGAUUCCCCGGGGAUUCUCUGUUCCCUAGAAGUCCGUAGCGGCGACCGCACCACCCCUUCAGCCGCACUGCCCCGGCUGUCGGCGCCCUUUCAAGAUUGUGGUCAGAAAUGACGCUUUCAUUGCACGCAUGAAUUGCGUACGACUGGCCAGAGGGGUAAUCGUUGGACGCAAUCGAUAUCUGAAUAAUUUGAUUAACGAACAGAUAAUCAAAUGCCGGUUUGAGUCGCUCGGCUGUGGCCACACGUGCGCAGUCAGCCGUAUGGUUGAACCCGAGAGGGCCUGCGAUCGGAACAAGUGUUCAAAAUGUGAAGAAGACAUGUCGGGAGAGAGCGAUCCGCACGACUGCGUCGAGACAUUGAUGAAAGCGUUGGCCAAAGCGCGGGCCGAGAAUGCGGUCAAACCGCGUGUCGGCCGAAAGUGGCGCAUAACUACUCUCCUGCCAUGGAUUAGGUUCGGGGAGUUUGAAACACAAUACCAGUCGGUGGACACAAUUGGGAGAAACACUGGACUCAAAAUCACGCGAGUCGGCCGCAAUGUCGACAGCCAUCCAAUUGUGUUUAUUAGAUGGCAUGAAUUGUCGAGUUUAGUCAUUUCAGUCGACGACAAUAGCGUCGCCACGAUAUGCAUGUGUCCGACAGAUACGGCCGCCAAACGGAUCAACAAUCAGUUGAGUCUCACAUCUGAGGCCGGAAUUGACAACAAAUCGCUAGGUUGGGAAUCAGUGGUAAAGAUCACAGAAAACACGACAAGUGGUCACACAUUAGGCGCCGGACUGAUAAUCGACGACAAGGGAUACGUAUUGACCAGCGCUCAGGUGGUGUGCGAUCUGACACACGUUGGCGUGACUUUUGCCAAACCGUACGUUAGAUCCCAAUUGUUGUCCAGAGAUAUGACCGCCGAUGAGAUACAAACCAUUUACGGGCGGGUCGUAUACGUGGAUCCGGGCGUCGAGUUGGCACUCAUUAGGCUAUUUACGGUCAAACCGGGAGUCUUAAGACCACUACCGCUGACCGACACCAACACUGACCCCAAAUGUGGCCAAACAGUGGUUGCGUUCGGCUGUUCAACACUCGACCAAAGUUUCAUCACUGGAGUGAUAGCAUCGGUAGAUCGGGUCGAGAGCCACACAUCGCAGGGAAGUCACGCCUACUUCCAAGUGAUGCUAAAUGCGGACCACAAACACAUCCAACACUCGGCGACCAUUAGUGACGGCUAUUCCGGUGGACCCGUUGUCGACACCAGCGGUCGACUGAUUGGCAUUUCGCUCAACACUUCCAUCAGAAGUGAUGGCAUUUUCUUUGCCGCUUUCGCCGCAGAUAUCAUUGCUUUCGUGAAGAGGGGUUUAGAGUAUGAGACCAGAGAUCGUGAUAUGAAGUACUCGUUUGCAAACCGGAAAUCACUGGGAGUUGUGUUGUAUAAGGAUAUGAACGCCAGUAAUAAAGUGUUCAAAGUUUGCAAAUUUACACCUUUUAAUGCAUUCAAUAAUUUAGAAAAUGGACUUCAAAUCAAUGAUUACAUAAUGAAAAUCAAUGGCAAACCGUUUCACAGACUCUACCAAUUGACUGAUGCUAUCGAUGCCCACAAACCCAAUGAGAAGUUAAUACUAACUGUUUAUAGGAAUAAACAAUACAAAGACAUUGAUAUCACUCCACAACUGAUCCACUGUUAUGUCGCCUAAUGUUAUAGCUUUUCCAACAAUACUUUUUUAAGCA